GUUGUUUGCAGCCAUCACAGAGCAGACAGAGAGGACCUUCAUCGUCGGACAUCCUGCGGCUUGUUUUCAGGCCGAGCUGCAGCAUCCCUCACCAUGACUAAAGAGGAGAACUUGGAGGUGCAGGAGAAGGAGAGGCACGACCGGGAGGAGCAGGAGGAGGGCCGGGUCCAGAAAGAGGAGGAGGAGGCUCUGACGGAGGAGGAGGAAGAGGAGGAGGAGAAAGAAGUGGAAGAGGAGGAGGAGGAGUACGAGCUCGAGGGGGAGGAGAGGGCCGGGGUGGACGACGAAGAGGAUGACGAGCAGGAGGAGGAGAGAGAGGAGAGAGAGGAGCGGGGAGAGGAAGAGGAGGAGCCGCUGACCUGCAGGGAGCAGGAGGCGGAGCUGGAGGCGGAGCCACUGUCCGUGUCCGAGUACCAGAGCCCGGUUCACGAGCCGCGCCGCAGAGCCAUGGUACACCCGUCCGCUCAGGCCCCACUGCCCAAAGACUACACCUUCACCUUCUUCGACCCCAAUGACCCGGCCUGUUUGGAGAUCCUCAUGGAUCCCCGCACCACCAUCCCCGAGCUGUUCGCCAUCGUGCGUCAGUGGGUUCCCCAGGUGCAGCACAAGAUCGACAUCAUCGGCAACGAGAUCCUGAAGCGAGGUUGCCACGUCAACGACCGUGACGGUUUGACCGACAUGACUCUGCUGCACUACAGCUGCAAGGCCGGGGCCCACGGAGUCGGCGACCCGUCGGCCGCUCUGCGUCUCACCAGUCAGCUGAUCUCUCUGGGAGCCGACGUCAGUCUGAGGAGCCGCUGGACCAACAUGAACGCCCUGCACUACGCCGCUUACUUCGACGUCCCAGAGCUGAUCCGGAUCCUGCUCAAAGCUGCUAAACCCAGAGUGCUGAACUCCACCUGCAGUGACUUUCACUACGGCACAGCUCUCCACAUCGCCGCCUCCAACCUCUGCCUGGGAGCCGUCAAGUGUCUGCUGGAGCACGGAGCCAACCCCAGCGUCCGGAACGAUAAGAGCCAGGUCCCCGCCGAUGUGGUCCCCGACCCGAUGGACAUGAGUCUGGACAAAGCGGAGGCGGCCAUGGUGGCCAAAGAGCUGAGGCAGCUGCUGCUGGACGCCGUCCCCCUCAGCUGUAACCUCCCCAGAGCCACGCUGCCCAACUACGACAACAUCCCCGGGAACCUGAUGCUGACCUCUCUGGGGCUGAAGCUGGGAGACCGCAUCGUGCUGGACGACAUGAAGCUCCAGAGAGACCUGAACCGCGACGACAGCCCGCCUGAACCCCUCAAACAGAGCGGCACUCUGAGGUUUUGCGGGACGACAGAGUUCGCCAGCGGUCAGUGGGUCGGCGUGGAGCUGGAUGAGCCUGAGGGGAAGAACGACGGCAGCGUGGGCGGCGUGCGCUACUUCAUCUGCCCUCCUAAGCUAGGGAUUUUUGCUCCCGUCUCAAAGAUUUGCAAAGUCCUGGAUCACACACCUUCAUCCGUCACCUCCACACCCAGGACCCCCCGCCUGGACCUGGCCUCCCGCCUCGCCGGGAAGACCAAGAAGGAGAAAGAGAAGAAGGAGAAGGAGAGAGAGAGAGCCCAGAGGAAGAAGACGUCAGUCGCCAGUCUGGAUCCGGAGGGUCUGAACGUGGAGGUUGGGGAUCAGGUUUUGGUGGCCGGACAGAAAAACGGCGUUGUCCGUUUCUAUGGAAAGACAGACUUCGCUCCAGGUUACUGGUUCGGCAUCGAGUUGGAUCAGCCGACAGGGAAACACGACGGCUCGGUGUUCGGCGUCCGCUACUUCAACUGCCUGCCCAAAUACGGCGUGUUUGCUCCGCCCUCCCGCGUGCAGAGAAUCGGAGGCCCUAAAGACGGCUCGCAGAACGACAAAUCCAUGGUGAAGAAGGUCCACCAAGUCACCAUGGCACAGCCGAAGCGUAACUUCAACACGAUGCGUUCCCCUAAAGACCUGACCUCCGAGAGCUCCAUAUCCAGGUUGCUGUUCUGCUGUUGGUUCCCGUGGAUGCUGCGUGCCGAGAUGCAGUCCUAACCACGCCCUCCUUCUUCUUCCUCCACCGGAUGGAUCUCUCCACUCUUCUCUCUCUCUCUCUCUCUCUUUCUCUUCAUCUUUUACUUUGGCUCUCUCCUCCCCUCCUCAGACUCUCACCGUCCGUCGGUUAAACUUCUCGUAGUGAAACUCCGCCCCCCUCUAAUUUAGCCGUUCUAUAGCAAAAUCUAUAGUGCCUUGUAUCUGAUCAAACGUCCUGCAUUCCUCUAACCAAACUGAGAAUCCAGCUCUGCUAAACGAUCCCCCCUCCUCCCCCCAGAGGUGAUAUCCACGACUCAUCAACGAUCUGAUCUCAGUGUCCGAGCGUCGUCCUCGUCUGUUUGUGCUGCUUUAAGUUUGAACUCUGCUGCUGCUAGAUUUGGGUCUCACCAACAUCACAAAGAGACGGCUUCAACAAGGACUAACUCUGACAGAGUCUGGUAUCGGACCCAGAACUUAAACGCCCUCAGUCUUAAGGUCUCUCUGCACACUACAGACCCGACUAGAAAGCCCUGCACUCGCUCUCUGACGAUCCAAACGAACGCUGGAUCAUCCGCUACGUCCACGCUACUGCUCUCUCCUUUUAACGUUUGCAACUUCAAGAGCCUGCCUGGACUUCUUUGAGCCACCAGGGGGAGCUCUAACAGAUUUGGCCUUAAGUCUAUGUUUGCAGAAUCCCAAAACCUUGAUGCAAGUCCCUCUGCCAAUCAUAGUUGGGGACUUUUGCUGUUGCACCAGGGGUGGCCUAUCAGAUAUCAAUGGGGGGCCCAUGCAAGCCCUUUGGACAUGCCCCUGGCUGCUCCGGCGUUCAAGAACCCCUAAAACUGAGACCAUAGGAGAAGAUGCGGUCUGUGUUUUAGUUUGAAAACUGCAGGGUCGGGUUGCAGCUUGGACGUAGCCUUGGAGAGCUCGGUCUCUGCUCAGAUCCCCCUUUAGUGGGUCGAAAAGAGGUAUCAGAGAUCCAGGGUUACACCUGUACCGGGUCAAAGUCAGGGCCUUAGAUCAGAUCUCAAUCCCUUAAAAACCGUCUGAACCUUUUAUCACCUGCAUGCUUUAAUCUCAGAUGUCGAACUGAAAACAGGGUCAACCAACGCCAUCGUGUUUCAUCAUCGUGUCACCGCCUGAGUGUCGGCUUCGUUUGAGGAUCUCCCUGAACGGUUCUUGGUCUCUUUAAGAGACUGGACCCAGGACGAGUUAGAGGGAGGCGUGCAGCUGGAAGAUGAAGUUUAUCCAUCUUUGCAUGAGAAAGGAAAGAGAACCCAUCGGUUCUGUAGUUAGUGGUGAACGCCGUGGAACAGUUUUCUUUAUGAGUUUGCCAAAUAGAAUCAUGAGUCCGUGUUCGGAGUUAAACGAAGAGCUGUAACCUGUCGCUAACCAAAAGUGCUAACAAACCCAAAACCACCACUUAGACUUCAAACCUUUAAAUCCAAGUGUUUUCAGCCCCCUGACGUCCGCUUCACAGAAACACUGAAUCAGUUUGUGGAUGAUAAUCAGUUGUACAUAUCUGUGUCCCUCCUCUCUCUCUCUCUCUCUCUCUCUCCCUCCUUCCUCUCUCAUCCCCUCUUUUCGUGAAUGUGAGCAUCUACGAAGAAGUUAAUCUAAAAACAUACGUGUGUGCUUAAUGUUGAACUCUCUCUUGAAGUAUACCUGCAAACAGCAAUAUGUAAACAGUGUACCUAUCUCUGUGUGGAAACUGUUCCUGUGUUAAUGUCUCUUCACGCUCUGUAAGCACACGGACACAGAGAGACGAGCACGCUCACACUCUGACGGCCCGAGGCUGCAGACGGCGAAACUUCAACUUCAGAAUCAAAGGUGGAAGGGACUGAUUCGGGGACUGGGAGAUUCAAAAGCCCAGAACAAAAGAGCAUCAUGCAUUCAGAGAUUUGAAACAUCAAACACAAGUCCUGAAACAUCCUGGCUUCUUAAAUCCACCAUCCUCUGAAACCAGUCCCUCACUCGUCGCUCUUCCUGUCUGGAGUAAAUCCAUCACGCUCUGAGGUUUUCUCUCCGCCGGUCUUCACGCUCUGAGGUUUUCUCUCCGCCGGUCUUCACGCUCUGAGGUUUUCUCUCCGCCGGUCUUCACGCUCUGAGGUUUUCUCUCCGCCGGUCUUCGCGCUCUGCAGCCUCAGCCUAAAGAAGCACUUUGUGGUUGCUCCCGCACACUGCUGUCGAUAAUAGUCGUUCUUUUUCGUGCCCGUGGAAUCAGCUUCAGUAUCUACUAAUGACAACUACAGCGCUUAAGUCCAUCAGGCGUCCAGUUCGGCUCAACCAGACCGGAGCUUUACAUCCUCAUUGAGCUGCAGGAUGACGUGGCCUAGGCUCUGACAGGGUUCCCACGCGUCCUGGAAAACCUGGAAAACAGUUGUCCAGUUUUCCAGUCCUGUAAAAUGAUUCCAACAUGACUGUGUGCGACCUGACAAGGUUAAAAACACACAUCCCCAUUCAACAUUUGUGACCAUUUUUUGUCCUUCAGAUCUAUUUAGCUCAUUAAUGCACUGAUCCUCUGAUUAUUAUCAUUAUUAUUUAUUUCAGUAAGGCAGCUUCCAGAGUCCUCUGCUGGCUCUUUUGUUUCUUUCUUAGCUAAUUUUAUAUUUUCUGAGAAAAGAGAAAGCUGAGAUGAGAGUUAGCCAUCAUUGUUACUUGGUUGCACUAAUAAAGUGAAGUGCUGUCCAUCUGUGGUUGCAUACUUCUAUAAUCAAUUUGCCAUCAUUUUUAAUCAUGUAAGAGAGACUGCACGUCUUUCAAUGUAGACUUCCACUGAGAGGAACAUAUUAGACUAUUUAGGAACUAAAUUAGGAACUCAAUUUAGACGGUCAUACCAGCUUGAUCAUCCCUGGAAAUGUCCUGGAAAAGAGUGGGAACCCUGUCUGAUCAGUUUAGCUUUUUGGACACAAACUCCUGCGAUGACAGAACGUACGCUGGGAUGUCGUCUGUCCGAGCCACCGAGCUUUAAAACUACCCGUAAAGACUUCAGCUUCAACUUUCACAUUCUUCUGGAGGUCCUGAUUAGUUGGGAUAUCUUAAGAAACUUUAUUCCAACUGUUAUCAAACCAAGAAACUCACAUUUGUCUGGCUUGCAUCGGACUCCAGCUCCCCUCAGCCUCUCAAAUUAAAGGCAGAAAACCUCCUGAGUGAUCGAAACCGUCCAGAAACCAAUCCCUCGUCUUCAGAUUCAAGCGAUACGCAGACGACUCAACGCUUUACCUUCCCCAAAUUCUCACCGGUCGCUCCUUCUCCCAGCCGUCCCUCGUCCAAAACCUCCAAAACCCUGAACAGAACACUUCCCCCAGCUUAUGAUUUCACACACACACACACACACACACACACACUAGGAUCGCCAGGAUCCUCUGCUUCCUCCAUCCUCCCGGUGAACGUCGGUGUCAGUGGACCACAGUGAUGGUGAGGUUCGUCUUUGUAACAGUAAACGUACGGUUCAGUCAAUAACGUCCCCGUUGGUUUGAACAUGGUGUUCUUUCUGUAAACGUGGAGCUUGCUCUGGUUUGGCCACUAAGUGUCACUAGUGAGUCACCGGUUACUCAUCUCACCACGAAGAGCGACGACGACGAAGACAAGCUUUCGUCGACUCGUCACAUACUCUGGAUUUGUUCUCCUCCUUUAAGGGACCAAAGUGGUGUUUGUCUGUUUUGGCUCUUUGAUUAAAAACCACUGAAUCACAGAGUCUCUUUCAGAAGUUAAAGAGUUAAAGAGCGACGCUGAAGAGCAGCAGGGACACAAAGCCAACUGUAGGAGGUGGUGGAGACCAAAACAGAGCUUAAAGAGUUAAAAUUCAGCUGAAACUUCCACAGAGGUUUUUGAUGUUUGAUGUUUUGGUUGAGUACGACAUAAGCGACGUUACAUGUAGCUGCAAAGUUCUUGCACCAGUGUUUGUUUGAAACCAUCCGUCGCCCAAAGACUCCAAAGGUGCAUUUCCAACAAGAGUUCCGGGGUCUUUUAGCCCCUAGGACUACUUUCCCCUGAACUAAAAGGUUCCUGUGCCUCCAUUGGGCUGAAGUCCCGGGUAGAUUGUGUAAAUCAGGCCAGUGACAUAUGGAGAAAAAAAUCUUAAUAAAAACUAAACUAGUUUGCAUUUCUAGGAACUCCCUCUGUGUUUCAACAGCUGUGUGAACUCCACAAACACUGACACGUUCAACCAAAAGUCCUGGGACCUUUGAAAAAAACUGCCCUCCAAGCAGGGGCUUUUCAGGGGGGAGAUUAUCUACUCCUGAACUAAAUUUAGACCCUGGUUCCUCCAGUCAAAAUGCACGUAGUUCUGGGGUGAAGUCCCUAGUUCAGGGGUGAAGUCCCUAGUUCAGGGGUUAAGUCCCUAGUUCAGGGGUUAAGUCCCUAGUUCAGGGGUGAAGUCCCUAGUUCAGGGGUGAAGUCCCUAGUUCAGGGGUUAAGUCCCUAGUUCAGGGGUGAAGUCCCUAGUUCAGGGGUUGAGUCCCUAGUUCAGGGGUGAAGUUCCUAGUUCAGGGGUUAAGUCCCUAGUUCAGGGGUGAAGUUCCUAGUUCAGGGGUUAAGUCCCUAGUUCAGGGGUUGAGUCCCUAGUUCAGGGGUGAAGUUCCUAGUUCAGGGGUUAAGUCCCUAGUUCAGGGGUGAAGUCCCUAGUUCAGGGGUGAAGUCCCUAGUUCAGGGGUAAAGUCCCUAGUUCAGGGGUAAAGUUCCUAGUUCCGGGGUGAAGUUCCUAGUUCAGGGGUUAAGUCCCUAGUUCAGGGGUGAAGUCCCUAGUUCAGGGGUAAAGUCCCUAGUUCAGGGGUUAAGUCCCUAGUUCAGGGGUAAAGUUCCUAGUUCAGGGGUGAAGUUCCUAGUUCAGGGGUGAAGUCCCUAGUUCAGGGGUGAAGUCCCUAGUUCAGGGGUAAAGUCCCUAGUUCAGGGGUAAAGUUCCUAGUUCCGGGGUAAAGUUCCUAGUUCCGGGGUGAAGUUCCUAGUUCAGGGGUGAAGUCCCUAGUUCAGGGGUGAAGUUCCUAGUUCAGGGGUGAAGUCCCUAGUUCAGGGGGAAAGUCCCUAGUUCAGGGGUAAAGUUCCUAGUUCAGGGGUAAAGUUCCUAGUUCAGGGGUAAAGUUCCUAGUUCAGGGGGGAAGUUCCUAGUUCAGGGGGAAAGUCCCUAGUUCAGGGGUAAAGUUCCUAGUUCAGGGGUAAAGUUCCUAGUUCAGGGGUACAGUUCCUAGUUCAGGGGUACAGUCCCUAGUUCAGGGGUAAAGUUCCUAGUUCAGGGGUAAAGUUCCUAGUUCAGGGGUAAAGUCCCUAGUUUAGGGGUAAAGUUCCUGGUUCAGGGGUAAAGUUCCUAGUUCAGGGGUAAAGUCCCUAGUUAAGGGGUAAAGUUCCUAGUUCAGGGGUGAAGUCCCUAGUUUAGGGGUAAAGUUCCUGGUUCCGGGGUAAAGUUCCUGCGGUCGAAAAACACCACAAGUUAAACCUCUUCUCCCGUCAUGACUAAAACAGCCACUAGAGGGCGCAUCACGAGCUCUGAGUCUCAGAAAGCUUCUGAUCUCUGUCAUGAAACUCUGCAGGCUGAUGUGGAAAACAUUCGUUAGCAUUGAACCGUCUCAUGCUAAGCUAAAACCCUCUGUAACACCUCUUUGGUCCUUUAAAUCCUCCCUGAUGGAUCAGCGUUUGUGUCUGAAGGUUAUCCUGUUCAGCUCGUAGAAACUAACUCCACACUGGUUGUUUUUAACAUUACUGCGUCUUCAGAGUCUUCAGAGUCUUCAGUAUAUAGCCUAUAUUUUGAUAACUUCACUAAGUGUACUUUAUGUUCUCCGGUUUUGUAACGUGCGUGCGUUCAUGGUCCACGUGUGUGAGUAACUCCUGUUUUUUAAAGUGUGUGAAGAAGCUGACGGCGUUAAAAAGGGGAAACGGGAGAACGAGCAAUCGGACGUCCUCAUCCUAACAGAUACUCACUGCAUGCUCUCUCUCUCUCUCUCUCUCUCUCUCUCUCUCUCUCUCUCUCUCUCUCUCUCUCUCUCUCUCAGUAUUUUCUGAUUUGUUUUUUUCAAUAAGUGUAUCUUCUUCUUCUUCUUCUUCUUCUUCUUCUUCUUCAUCAGCAUGGAAAUGCUUCUAAUAAUAACUCUAUGAAUAUAAUAAAGAAUUUGAUGUUGUU